GUUAAAUACGUUCUAUCAUACACAUCAGAUCACAAUGUGUUGGGAAAAACGAGUUCACCCCAUGAUAGCGGAAUGUUAUACAAAAAAGAAAAAUUUUCGAGCACAGUGUCGAGAUCCGUCUUGCAAACACAUCUAUAGAUACGUGCAGUUUACAGUUUGCAAAGAUCCUGAAUUUAAGAAACACAUACAAACAGAGCAUCCAGAUUUUUAUCAGCAUGAAGAGAAUAAGAAAAAAAACGAGGCCUGGAAUUAUUUUAGGCUAACAACAGAAAAAAACGAAGCAUGUAUUAUAUGUGAUAUAAGUGAUACCCCAAUUAAAUUUUCACAAAAUGAAAACUUAUCGAAACACAUAAAAAAACAUUCGGAACUAGAAAAAAAGCUUGCACACCAACAGAAAGAAGAUUGGGUUUGGAAAUACCUGGAACAACUUGAAGAUUUUUCUGCUAAAUGUAAGCUUUGUGUGAAUGAAACAAAAAAAAUAAAAUUAAAAUUAACAACACAAUUUUUACAAAAGCACAUGGCUAAGCAUGGAAAAAAGUUGCCAGAAAUAAAGUCACAGAUAAACAGAGAUAAACAGUCUUUAAAAUAUCAUACUGAAAAGCAGUACUUUUUUAAUAAAUGUUAUACAAAGCCUGUGAAUUUGCGAACAGAAUGUCGAUUUUGCGAACGUAACUUUGAAUGUGUCUCCUAUAAAUCGUUUCAGCUACACAUAAAGAAACAUACAUUUAUUUGGAACAAUGAAGAAUCUACAAAGAAAGCACAUGACGAGAACUGGUUAUAUCUUAGGUUUACGAGCGAAGAAGCAGAAGAAAUAGAAUGUAUUUUAUGUAAAAUACCUGUGCUAAAUGACCAAAUAAAGAAUCACACAAAAUAUCAUAUUAAAAAAGGUCCAUCCUAUAUAUAUCAACAUUGGUCACGUAAAUACGUAAGACAAGAAGAAGAUAAUAUGAUAUGUAUAAUUUGUGAAGAAAAUAUAAACGUUAAUUUUAACAAAGCGAAAUUAAAAAGCCAUAUCUCUGAUACACAUAAAGACGAGAUGAAAAGAAUAAACGAAGAAGAAAUAUUUUGGAAAUCGCAAACUGAAAAAAAAAGCUGGUUGCAAGAAUAUUAUACAGAUGCUGGUGAUUUUCGAGCAGAAUGUAAACUUUGCGAACGCAAAGUAGUAUAUAUCAAAGAAACACAAUUUAAAAACCACGUAAACGACGUGCAUUAUGAAGUUCACCAUCUUGAAGAACAUAAAAAAUAUCCACAGAAUAAGUACCUAGAACAGUGGAAUUAUGUAAGGUACACAAAUGACAUUGAAUCGGAAGAACCAAACACAGAAUGCAUGAUAUGUCAAAAAAAUGUCACACUACCUCACAUAGAUCAUAAUCCACGCGAGAUAGAAAACUAUGAUUAUCAUUGGGCACUUAAAUACGCGAGACAAGAUGGGAAUCUUGCGGAAUGUACGAUAUGUCAAACACCAGUAGACUUUGAAUGUGACAUGCACAAUUUAGAAAACCACGUAUCAUCUGUACAUCAAAAGGAAUUGAAAAGAAGACAAAAAAAAGAACAAAAGAUAGAACAAAUAGAACAAGGAACAGCACACGAUGAAGCUACACCGUCGACAAGCUACGCAAAUUAAAAAAAAACGAUCAUUUAUCUACAUUGGACAAUGGAAAUGAUGGUAGCGACAUUUUUAAUUAGCAUCUCAUGACCAGCGAUAACGACAGUCUUGACUUUGAUCUCAGUGAUUUGAAAUACAUGAAGACAUUGGAGUAUAAUUUGACUUAUUUGUCGCAUAUCGGUUUUGUGUUUAUAAAUGU